AAAGGGGGCAGCCUCAUGAGAAUCCAUGUGGAUAGGGGGCCUGUUAAUGAAGAGCUCUCUGCAGCUAUGGAGGAAGCUGCUUCUUUUCGAAGAGUAAGGAAAGGUGCAUGGACUGAGGAAGAAGACGACCUUCUUCGGAAAUGUGUAGAUAAGUACGGACAAGGUGAAUGGCGCCGAGUUCCUCUCAGAGCAGGGUUGAAUAGGUGCAGGAAGAGCUGUCGUUUGAGGUGGCUGAACUAUUUAAGUCCAAACAUAAAGAGAGGAGAGUUUACUGAAGAUGAGAUUGACAUGAUCGUCCGUCUUCACAAGCUUCUAGGGAACAGAUGGACGUUGAUUGCCGGUAUACUUUCAGGAAGAACUGCGAAUGAUGUCAAGAACUACUGGAACACUCACAUGGUCCGGAAGAAGACAGUUCCUAAUGAGGAAAUCCAUCAAAGGAAAACCAAAACGAAAACCAACAUUAUAAUUAAACCUCGGCCUCGGACACUUUCAAAGGACUUCGGUAAAGCAAAACCUGCAGGAAAUACUGCUGCAGCAGCAAGUAAUAAUACGAUCCCACAAGACCAUCUUGACGGGAAUCCACCGUCAAUGACACCGGAAGAUGACACCGUGUGGUGGGAGAGCAUGAUCCUUGAGGAGGGCGUGGCAACCCCCAGAUGUAGAGGUGGGGCUGCCGGAGAGCCACCACCCACGAGCCUAUGGAGUCUAGAGGGGGAGAAGGCUAGGGACAACGAGAUGUCCUUUGAUGUCGACAUAUGGAAUGCUCUAUGUGCCGACCAAGAAGAGAUGGGGAUAAUAUAAUUCCUCUAAUUUCGAGUAUAUACAGAUCUUGGCUUCUCAUUAUGAAGUAACCAAAUGAUGAGUUCAAUCAUUAUAAUUUGAGGGGAGGUAGAUAGAAUUCAAAUCAUUUAUAUCGGGGUCAAGAAAUCUGGUUAAUUAAGUCAGUUAUGUUUAUUUGGACAUGGAUAGUGGACAUUAUAAAAAUUUCAAAGGGAUUCAGUGUAAUGACAUUCAUCUUCGAUUUGAAAUAAAAGAUUCUUUGAAUUUAAUUCUCGUUA